AUGGCCACUGACCGCGUCCUUAGUAUACAAUCCCACGUCUCAUAUGGCUACGUCGGGGGCAAAGCAGCCGUAUUCCCCCUGCAAUGUCUUGGCUUCGACGUUGAUAUAAUAAAUAGCGUCAACUUCUCGAAUCACUCUGGAUAUGGCCGAUUGGGCGGGACUCGUACGACGGCGGCAGAGCUGAAGUCGAUAUUCGAUGGGAUGAAGCAGAACGAGCUCUUGACGCAGAAGCGGCUUGUCACCGGAUAUGUGCCUGGAGCAGAGGGCCUGUCAGCCGUUCGAGAUCUUGUUCGGACACUCAAGGAAACUGAGCCUGAACUAAUCUACGUCCUAGAUCCUGUGAUGGGCGAUGCAGGGAGACUAUAUGUUGCACCCGACGUCAUCCCCGUCUAUCGGGAGAUGCUCUCGCUUGCGACCGUUAUAACGCCGAACUGGUUCGAAGUAGAAACGCUUACUGGCGUGGAGAUGAAAGACACCCAGUCGCUCCAGCAAGCCUUCAAGAUCCUUCACGAAGAGUACAACUGCCCGAACGUCGUGAUGAGCUCGAUACCGCUCAAGCCGUGGCUCGCGGAUAUCCUACCGCCGCCUAUACGCCCCACUCCAGAGAUGGAGAGCCCUAGUGGUGAAUACCUCAUCUGCAUUGCUUCUUCUGCUGCCAAUACGACUGGUACUGGCGAAUCAUCGACGAUCUACGCACGAUGUGUGCCGUUUAUCUCUGGGUAUUUCUCCGGAGUCGGGGACAUCUUCUCGGCACUGCUCCUUGGUCACUAUCUCACCAAGAACGUUGAAGCUACACCUGAAACGGCUUUGCCAGUCGCUGUGUCGCAUGCACUUACCAAGACGCACGCGAUAUUAAUUAGGACCCAUGAGCACGCGCUUACGCUUCCCGAAGAUGACCUGCAUGCCACAGAUGAUGAGAAGGAUCUGUCAGAGCCGUUGAGAAAGACGAGGCGGAUGAGAGGAAGGGAGCUGCGGGUGAUACAAAGCCAAGAUAUCAUCCGUCAGCAACUGCACCCACAAGCUGGUGCGAUAGAAGUAUGGGAGAACUUCUGGAGUCUGUAA